AUGGAGUGUCACAAACAAGACCUUUCCAAGCAGCUGGCAGAGACCAGGUCAGUGAAGGAGAGCCUGGAAUCCAGCCUGUUUGCUGCUCAGCAGCAGAUAUCUCAGCUGGAGAUCACCAGCAACCAUCUGGAGGCUCAAGUGCUCACAGUCACACAGGCCAAGGAGGCGCUCCAAGGAGAAGUGCAGUGCCUCCAACGUGAGCUGGAAGCAGAGAGAGCUCUCAGGAAGCAGGAGCAGGAAGACACAGCGCAACAGCUCUUGCAGGCAGAGCAGCAGUGUCAGGAAAGCCUCAGGCUUCAGGGAACUGCUCAGCAGGUGGAAAUAAACAAGCUCCUGCAAGACCUGGCAAGUGAGCGGGAAAGGCACCAUGCAGAGAUGCAGGAGACGCUGCAGCAAUGGGGAAAAGAGAAGGCAGAGAGAGAGCAGGAGCACGAGAAGGUGCUGUUUGAGAUGAGGCAGAAAGUUGCCACCCUGCAGGCUCAAAGAGAAGAGGAACGAACUAGAUUUGAAAAUGCCAAGCGAGAGGUCCUGCUGGAAAAGCAGAAGGAGAAGAAUUCUUUAUCAGAGACACUGCUCCAAACUCGAGGACAGCUAAGCCGAGCCUGCCAGCAGGUGCAGCAGCUCAGGCAGGAGGUGAAAGAGCAGCAAGAGAAGGGGCAGACCAUCGAGGCAAAGCUGCAAGCUGAGCUGCAGGAAGCUCGGAGGGAAAUCCAGGCAGCGCAGAAGAGGCACAAGGAAGAACUACGAGGCAUCAAAGAGGAAAUGAAUCUCCUCCUUGUGGAGAGGGAGGCUCUACAAAAGCAGGUGGGAGAGUUGACAUCUCAGCUGGCAGCCUCCAGAGAGUCCCAGGCAACGAUUGUUCAGAGAGCCCAGCAAGAUGUGAGCUGGGCCCAGGAGCAGUCAAGGCAGAAGCUGUUGGAGGUUGAGCACCUCCAGAAGAUGCUGGAGGAGGCAGAACAUCAGAACAAGGAGCUGCAAGUGCACCUGAAGAACUUGGAGAUGGAAAGGAGUCAAUGGGAAGAAGUGGCACGCCAAAAUUCAGGAUUUCGGGCUUCCUUGGACGCCCUGGAGAAGGAAAAAGCCAGGUAAAUGAAAGCCUGUGGGACUCUGCCUUGUGGGAAUGGAUUCCCUCUUUGCCAUCUU